UUUGAGUGGAUUUUUCUGUGUUAUUUUACAGGUUGCAUAUUUGAUCUGGAGUUUCGGACGAGGAGAGACGGGAAGUUCAUAGCGUUGGGGAAGCCUGAGGGUCAUCCGAACUCUGGCCGUAGCGUGGGUCAGUGCGGGGUCACACCCUGCACCCUGGUGACAUGCAGAAACGGAGGGACCUGUGUGGACUCUGGAUCCUCUGUCUACUGCCAGUGCCCAUUCGGCUGGAAGGGAGCACUCUGCUCUGAGACCGUGUCUGUGUGCGACGCUGAACACCGUCCCCCUCCCUUGUGUGCCCGUGGUUCCACCUGCGUACCCCUUCCAGACGGAUACACCUGUCUCUGCCCCUUGGGCACCGGCGGACUGCACUGUCAGCAAGCUUGA